CGGCUUCGCUUUCGGCAGGGCCUUCGCGGCUCUCUACGUCCGCUUUGUCGCCGGUUUUCCAGACCGAAAGGAAAACGUAACCCGAGCCACGGUUCGUCUUCGUCUCGAGCGCUUAUUUUCCGCGAGCUUCCCCGACGCCGGCGUUCCGUAUACGCGUUUGUCCGCCGGAUAUUCCUCGCCGCGACCUCGUUCUUCCUCUCCGAUCGAGAGAAAGAGAGAGAAAGGAGGGGGAUAAUAUUUCUCUCUCUCUUUCUCUCCUUCUUCUCGCGACACACGCAGUCUCUUCUUCUUCUGUUUCUUCUUCCUUCCGGUGCUCCGUUCCUACUUUCUAUCAGUGCGUGCUUCGACGAUCACAUCCCGGUUACUCGAGAAAAGAUUACUCGAGGGAAUCUCGAUCACGGGAUGACUCGAAAAAAAUGUGCGUCGUACCGAUGUGGCUGACGAGGCUGGAAUCGGGCCUCGCUUGUUCCACGUUAGUUCUUAGAGGAUGCACAAGCUAGCCAAGGGCCUGAAGAAGAAGAAAAAGCAGAAGAAGGGUAAGAAGGGAGCGGAGGAGGACGAUUUCGACCCGGAGGAGCUCGAGCGUUAUAGGCGCGAGCGGGCGGAGGCCCAGCAGAAAUCUGAGGAAUCCGGCGAGCAGGCGAGCACCGCCACCAGCUCCGACGAGUGGAAGAAGUUCGAGGCGUUGACCGCCGGUGUCGACUCGAUCCUCAGGAAGACUCAGGGCGACCUUGACCGCAUCAAGUCGACUUCGUUCUUCCAACGAAAACCACCCUUACAGGAAGAGAAGAAGGGAGAGGAGGAGGACAAGGACCAGGACCCCGAUAAGAAGGCCUCGAAGAAGUGGGUCGGUUUCGACGAGGAGGGAAAUCCGAUCGAGGGAGAGCCGCCAGAUUUCGAGAAUAAGAAGGAGGACAAACCUCUGGUAAACGAGGACGGUUUCGUCGAAGUACCAGACGAUGAAGAUGAACACGAAGAUUCGGGCGAAGAAGACAUCUUCGACACCACCUACGUCGACGUCCUUCAGAACAUCGACGUCCAACUAGCUUACAUUCCUGACAGUCCCACCGAAGAAGAAGCCGGUGACGAUCCAUUCGACACCACCAGCGCUGACAAGGUUCUCAAAACCGUCGAUAAAACCGGGAAGAAGCUAGUCAGCCUAGGGAACGCGGUCGAGGUACUCUCCGGUAGAAUCGACUACGUGAGCUCCUGCAAGAUCACCAAAGGCAGGCGCCCCAGGCUUCAGCAGGACCUCCUGUUGGACGAUUUCGAGGAACCAGAGAAACCCGCGGAUAGCAACGUUGUCGCGGAACCGAUUCAAGUGGAGAAGACCUUGCUAGACGAUGACAGUGACCUUCCGGACAUUCCUAUAGAUCUAACGAAACUUCCACCAGUUCUACCCAGACCCGUUAGCCCGGCCGUCGAUCAGGAGGCUGCAGCGGAAAACAAACCGGCGAACGGACAUUUGGACAUCUCCGAAUUCGAAGCUUUGAAAGAGAAGACUAUAUUGGAAGAGAUCCCUGACUUAGACGAAGGGGAAUUCGACCUUGAUGCGGCACCAGACGAGCCAGUGUGCCUUGAGGAGGCUGAAGACCCGUUCGAGAGCAAAGACCCAGGAGCUGUAGAUUUCCAGUCGGAGAUAAUCGAAGCCAGCUUCGAGGCUGCUACUUUCGCCGACGAGAAAGACCCAUUCGACACCACCUUCGCCGAUAAUAUCCUCCCCGGCAAGACAGAGCUCAAGUUCAUCGAGAAAGAGUUAGAAGAACUUCCUGUUUCUGAAGUCACCAUAUCCCUGACCGACCCUGCUGGAUUGCACAGGGACUACGAGACAGGUUUGUUAAAGAGGCAAAAUGUGCCGACGAAAAGCGAUUUGCAAGGGAAAAAGGAUCUACUAGGAGGUUCCACGACCGAUCUGAGCCAGCUCGCGGACGAGCCGAUAGCUCCUAUAGAGGAUAUAAGCUACGUCGACCCGUUUGACACUUCAGCGGUGAAAGAAAUUCCACCCGGGAAGACGGAGCUCAAAUUUCUCGAGCAAGAACUCCUCGGCGAGCAGCCGAAGAUUUCGAAUUCCUACGAGGACGACGACGAUUUCGAUCCUAGAAAGGACGAGCAACCGGUCGCAACUGAGACCGUAGCGAGCAAACCUCCACCGAGACCACCUGCGCUGGUGAAACCUACUUUCCAAGUCGAUUUCGACGAGGAGGAGGAAGAGAACAAGAACGAGCCUGCCGAUCGUGGGCGUAGAUCCUCGAGGCCGGAAGUGCUCGAACUAGCGCCGGCCAAAGCAGUCGCGUUCGAACUACCGACACCGUCCAAACGACCCGAUCUGCUCACCACUACCGAAGAGGAAAAGUCGUUACCGUCGAAGCCACUUACUCCGUAUUACUCGCAAAAGUCGAUCGAGGACCUUCUGCCCAUCGAGGAGGAAGAGGUCGAUGUCGAUCCGUUCGACACCAGCUUCGUAGCGAAGGCAGCGCCUGGUAAAACGGAACUGAAGCUGAUCGAGUCGGAGUUGUUGAAGCAGCAGGAGCCGCGGCUGCCGCACAGCUUGAGCGAUCACGACUUCGACCCGCGCUCCGAAGGAGGUUCUGCCCGUCGGCAGAGCGACUUCACGGCCAGUUCCAUCAGACCGAGCAACUUGAAGUUAAACGAUCUACAGAACGAAGUGCUGAAGAAGUUCGAGCAGCAGAAUCAACCGAAGCUGCAGGAGAGGCAACAGAGUUUAUUGGACGAGACGAUCGAGGUGGAUGCGAAGCCUCUGACGCCGAGAAUCGAGGCGAAACCAGUCGAGGAAGAGAUCUCUUACGAAGAUCCUUUCGACACAUCCAUAGCCACUAACAUUCUCCCCGGCAAGGCAGAACUGAAGGUCCUCGAGAGUGAGCUGGAGCAGAUUCCCGUGGAAAUUCCCAUUCGUCCAGCACCGAUCACUUUGACAGCAAUCGUUAAAACUGUAGUUCCGGAGAUUGACCCAGAUUUCGAUCCCAGGGCCGACGAGAAAAAGGAGGCGACGGAUUUCUUGAGCAUCGACGACCAAGACCCCGGUGCGAAAGUGCUCACUCCAUUACAGAACGAGAGUUUCAGCUUGGGAGAAGACGUGGAUCCUUUCGACACCAGUUUCGCUAGUAUAGGACCAGGGAAGACGGAGUUAAAGCUGCUCGAGUCCGAGCUAAUGGAAAAAAUCUUCAAAAUGGAUUCCAAAGGAGGAAAUCCGUUCCUGAUGGACGACUACGGCGCUGAGGCGAACGUGACCAAUCAAGCGUCGAACCCGUUUCUCCAGGAUUUCGAAGAUACGGAAACCACCGGUGGAGGGGAAAAUCCGUUCCUAAAUUUCGGCGGAGACCAAUCCUUCCAAUCGACCGUCGCCGUCGACUCGACGAACCCCUUCGCCUCGUUCGCCACCGAUACCACCGAGCCUGGCGCCGGUUACGAGGAACCCGCCACGGAUAUUACUCCAGAAAACAUAUUCGCUAACCAAUCGACGAACAUAUUUGUCAGCGAGGCGAGUCCGAACCUGUUUGACGUGCCGUCUACUCAACCUGACGAUGACCUCUUCGGUCAUACCGCACCACCGCCGAGUCCGGCAACGGUGGGACCGGUACAACCGAAGAACGGCAAGCCUCUACCCUCGAGACCACCCCCGCCGAGGCCACAACCACCGGUGCCUCCCAAGAACACCAAAGAUCUGAUACUAUCCGUGACCGGUGCUAUGGAUGCAACUUCUAAUCAUCUUUUAGAUCGGCUACAGGCAACGAGAACACCUAGCCCUACUCUGAUGCAUUCACCGUCUCCCACUCCGGAACACAGUUUCGCAGAUCUUCUGGACGUCGAUUCGAACGUCCCAGAUUUGAUUCCGGAUGAUGCGAAAAUGGAGUUGCCGCAGAACCAGGACAUCAUGGACCUCUUCGACGCGCCCAACACAGAUACCACUGCGACUACCAUAUUUUCCACCUCGAUGACAACCGGAGACACUACUAGUUUGGUAACGACAGCCCUGACCGAUAUGACGGGUCAGGAAAAUCCGUUCGCAAGUAUCCCGGAACAGGAAGCGUCGCCGCCACAAGCCGAGGAUGCAUUGAAGUCGGACUUCGCCGAAACCGCGUCCGAGACCAGCGACAAGAGACCCUCGAUAGCCUCUACGACCGGCGUCGUGGGAAGCGACAGCGAAAAAGCCGGCAUCGAUUUAGACUUCACCGCGGAAUCUCCAGUCGUCUCAGAGACUGUGCAGUCUCGGAAACCGUCGGCCACUGCCGCCGAACUCUUCGCGAUAAGUACAGAACAGUUAACAACGGCCGCUACUGAAUCGUUCUUCUCCGUCGCGGAGACGACCACCCCGUUUGGAGCAGUGGACACCACCCCGUCUAUUCCAUUCUCCAACGCGCAACCCCUAUUCGCGACCACUGAAGUCACCACCGCGCCUAGUCAGCCCGGCGGGCCGUUCUCCGACUUGCUCGGGGACUUUGGCGAACCUACGAAAGACACGACUACUAUAACGUCGACCAGUCCGAUCCCUGGAGCUGAAUUUCCGAUCAACGAAGUGUACAAGCCUGAAGAGCAGCUUGACAACUUUGCAGCCACGACGAAAACCAUGGAGAAUGCUGGAGACGCGUUCGACAUCUUUGCUUCCAAGUUCGACAAGGCAGCGGAACAAGAAACUAGCACUGGGGAUCCGUUCUUGGAUGCGUUUGGUGGCGGCGGUGGUGGUGGACCCACCGCCAUGGACACGUCGAGUGAUGUUUGGGGCGAUACCUCUGCAACCGGUUCGGAAACAGCAGUAAGCGGAUUUGGAGAGGCGGAUGGAUUUGACUCGUUCCUCAGCAUGACUGCUCCUCCACCAGAGCCAACGAUCAAGAGAAGUGAAUCUGCAGAAUCGGACGAGGGACCAGACUUCAGUGUAUUCAUUAAACCGAAGGAGGAUGAUCAAACCGCUACAUUAGAAACUGGAGUCAUGCCCGUAUUAGCACCACCACCAAAGAGUCCACAGAACACGGCGUAUGCCGAUACCUCGCCACGUUUCAACCCCUUCGACAAGUCGGAAUUCGCGCAGGAUGCUAUACCUACCACGGAAGUCGUUCAACCUGCUGAACUGACCAGAACAGAUUCUCAGGAAACACCGCCCACUCCUUUAUUCGACGAGGACGUUAGUCAACCUCUGGAAGAUUUCCCAAGAGUGACGUACACCGGUGAUGGCUGGGACAUGCAUCUGCGUCAGCCGAACAAGAAGAAAAUAACCGGACAACGGUUCUGGAAAAAGAUCUUCGUACGAUUGGUCUACCAGGGUGACAAUCCUGUGCUUCAGUUGUUCAAUACCAAAGACGACAAGGACCCCUUUCAAGAGUUACCUCUGCUUGCGUCUUACUCCGUUUCGGACAUCGCCGCCCAACAAUUCGAUCAAUUCGGAAAGAUAUUCACCGUCAAGUUACAGUACAUCUUUUACAAGGAGCGACCCGGAGUUCGACCUGGUCAAGUGACCAAGGCGGAGAGAAUAACGAACAAGAUUAGCCAGUUCGCAGCGUAUGCUAUUCAAGGUGACUAUCAAGGGGUGAAAGAAUUUGGAAGCGAUCUGAAGAAGCUUGGCCUCCCCGUCGAACACGCGCCGCAGAUUUCUCAGCUGUUCAAACUCGGUUCGCAACGUUAUGAGGACUUGAAGACGUUCUCCUGCGCGAUAGAAGAAGCUCUGUUCAGACUGACAGCGCAUCGAGAUCGAGCCCUCAAUUACAAGAUGGAAGAGGUCCAAAUCUCGGUCGUGGAUGAACUCUACGUGGAACAGAGCGCCCAAGGCGUCGUUGAGAAACAGAUAGCACGUGUUCGACUGUUCUUCUUGGGCUUUCUUUCCGGAAUGCCUGACGUCGAAUUGGGAAUAAACGAUAUGUGGCGUCAGGGGAAGGAAGUGGUGGGCAGGCACGAUAUUAUCCCAGUGGUAACGGAAGAAUGGAUUCGCCUCGAGAACGUCGAGUUCCAUUUCUGCGUCCAGCAGGACGAAUACGAAAAAUCCAGAACCAUAAAGUUCAAGCCUCCGGAUGCAUGUUAUAUCGAACUGAUGAGAUUCCGAGUGAGGCCGCCUAAAAACAGAGAGCUUCCCCUUCAGCUUAAAGCUGUUAUGUGUGUUACCGGUAACAAGGUAGAACUGAGGGCGGACAUUCUCGUGCCAGGAUUCGCGUCUAGGAAAUUAGGCCAAGUGCCCUGCGAGGAUGUAAUGGUCCGUUUCCCGAUUCCGGAAUGUUGGAUCUAUCUAUUUAGGGUAGAGAAACACUUCAGGUACGGGUCUGUGAAAUCAGCUCACAGGAGAACGGGAAAGAUCAAGGGAAUAGAGAGACUUUUGGGCGCGGUGGAUAAUCUGGAGCCUCAGUUGUUGGAAGUGACCUCGGGUCAAGCUAAAUACGAGCACCAGCAUGGUGCGAUCGUUUGGAGAAUGCCUAGGCUGCCGAAAGAAGGACAAGGAGCGUACACGACGCACCAACUGGUCUGUCGAAUGGCCCUAACUUCCUACGACCAGAUCCCUGAAAACCUCGCCGAGUACUGUUACGUAGAGUUCACGAUGCCGGCUACCCAAGUGUCCCACACGACGGCCAGAAGCGUCAGCUUUCAGAACCAUGACAGCGACGCUCCACCAGAGAAAUACGUCAGAAAUCUAUCGCGGCACGAGUACAGAGUUGGAAUCGAGCACACACAGGGCGAAGGCCCGGCAGCGUACGUGGCAGCGACGUACACGAAGAAGAUCCCGGAAACGACGCCUGAAGUUCCAGCUGAAGCUCAUCCGGACGCCGCUGCGGAAUCCGACUCGGAUUCAUCAGAAUAAUCAUGAAAAGGUGGCGUGUAAGAUAUUUAAAAACUACUUGUUAAUCGAUAAGAUGUAUACAGGAAAACGAAACAUUGUCCGUGACCGGACGCGUGGCGUUUCGCGAGUCGUCGCACGGAAUGACUAGCAAUUCCACGCGAGGAAUUGCUCGCAUAGAGAUCAUCGAUGAAUCGAAGCAUAUAAUUAUCGGCGUAUUUUAACGCACAUCAGUAUUAAAUGAUAAUCGACGUCGGUUCGCGUCGUAUUUGAGAUUGAACCGCGAUCCGCGAAACGCAGACGCAUCGCCGCGUGUUCAUGCAACGCAUAGCAAUUAACGAAAUGUACGUACGAAAGGAGUAAUUUGUAAGGGAGGACAAUACCGAUUUUACGUUCAGUUUAGCUUGCUAAGUAGUAAUACGCAGUUGCGGUGAAAGGCUUUGCUCUGUUCGUGGAAAGGACGAGUAUUAUUUAAAUGUUACCAACCCUUAAUCGAAUGUUCGCUCAUUUUUUUUAUCAAUGUGGAUCAGUGUCAAUGACGUUGGCAAUUUUGUGGUAACGAUGAGCACGAUGAUCGGAGGACAAUAGAUGUUAAUUUAAGAUGGUUGCAAUGGAGGAUGAACUUGCGAUGCAUAUCUUAACGUUUGAGCUUGCAGAUUGCAGAUCAAUCUAUAUCGAAUGUUAUCUACCAGUUUUCGAAAGGUAGCUUAUCGAGAUUAAUCGCCAGUUAUUAGACAUGUAAGCGAGCGAUAAUUA